AUGAUCAAACGUGUUACAGGUCAUAGACAUGCUGGAUGCUGGAUUCGGUUGAAACGCAAACUUCUCAUAUUCCUAACCACAGCAAUACGUAGAGAGAUCACGAACCUUAUGAUCAAGCGUCGAACGAAGAAGAUGAACGGAGAAGAAACGAACGAGCUUUCCCUCUCAGAUAUUAGCCAACAGUCCAAUUAUCAUGCCCUGCAUUACCACAAGUCGAUCAGAUCCAUUUGCUACCGCAAUUCAACGCACAACAAUCACAUGAUCAAACGUGUUACAGUGCUGGAUUCAGUUGAAACGCAAACUUCUCAUAUUGAUUCAGAUGGUAUAGUUUUCCAGAAAUCAUGGAAAGAAUCCAGAAAACCGUAA